AUGCCCAUCGCUGCCCCAAUUUGCACAUUUUCUAAAAAACGUGGCAAUACAAAUGUGGUUGUUGCCUAUAUAUGUUGUGGUGCCUUGAACACAAUCAUAUCCGCCGCGGCCGCCACAGGGUAUCACAAGAUGCGGCAGGGCCUCGGCGCGUCGGCUAGGUCCGCCACCAUGGGAGGCAUUCUUAUGGCCUUUAUCAAAGGCAGCGUGAUUUUGUAUGACAAAUUCUUGGCCGAGGAGCAACACCGGGUCUACAAAUCGUGGGCUGAGAAGCAACGCCAGAUUUGGUUUAGGAAUGGCAAACAUCCUGAGGCGAAUGAGGUUCUGGAGAGCUUUGAUGCGCCUCAACGCAAAGAGCCUGAGACCGCGGUGAGCAGCGGAAGCGAGACGGAGGUUCUGGAGAGUUUUGAUGCGCAUCUUCCCCAGGUGGGUGUAUUAAGUAAGCCAGCUGCUGACUAG